AUGUUUGGGAAACCAGACAAAAUGGACGUUAGAUGCAAUUCAGAGAUUGAAGCCAACCGGAUCUCCAAGAACGGGCAUAAAGAGGGCAAAGAAAGCAAAGGCUCCGAAGGAAAUAUUUCGACUUUUUUGAAGGAUCAGCAAGGGACGUUUUCGGCCUCUGGCGUCUCGGAAGAUUGCAAUAAAAAUAAAUCCAGUGCCGCUGAUCCGGAUUACUGCAGAAGAAUAUUAGUCCGAGAUGCCAAAGGUUCGAUCCGAGAGAUUAUUCUCCCGAAAGGGCUAGAUCUGGACCGGCCCAAAAGGACCCGUACAUCUUUCACCGCCGAACAACUUUACAGGCUUGAGAUGGAGUUCCAGAGGUGUCAAUACGUGGUCGGACGGGAAAGGACCGAGCUGGCCAGGCAACUCAAUCUCUCCGAAACUCAGGUCAAAGUCUGGUUCCAGAACCGGCGCACCAAACAGAAGAAAGACCAGGGCAAAGACUCGGAGCUGAAGUCGGUGGUGUCGGAGACGGCGGCCACUUGUAGCGUCCUGAGGCUGCUGGAGCAAGGGCGGCUGCUCUCCCCGCCGGGCCUGCCGGGCCUCCUCCCGCCCUGCGCCACCAGCGCCUUGGGCUCGGCUUUGCGGGCUCCCAGCCUGGGCAGCGGCACCGGCGGCGGCGGUGGCGGCGGCGGCGGCUCGGGAUCCGGCCCGGCGGGCGGUUCCCCGCACCAGCAGCCGGCCGUUAGCGCCGCCGCCGGCCCGGCUCAUCCCUCCCCUGGCGGGAGCCACAAUCUCUUCAGCCUGCCCGUGCCCACCCUGCUGGGCUCGGUGGCCAGCCGGCUCUCCUCCAACCCUUUAGCCAUGGCCGGAUCCCUGGCAGGGAACUUGCAAGAACUGUCCGCCAGAUACCUGAGCUCUUCCGCCUUCGAGCCCUACUCCAGGACCGCCAACAAAGAAGGCGCGGAGAAAAAGGCCCUGGACUGA